AUGCCAUCCCACGAAGGUCCGAACAUUCCCCAGGCCAUUCCAAGAGUUCUUGUUAUCGGAGGCUCCUAUGCUGGACUUGCAGCCACAGUCAACCUCAUAGAUCUGUGUGACGGGAAGCAGCCUCGAUUUACUUCUGUAUCCACUCAGGAAGAACAUCCCAAGGUCAAGCUGCCUGUUGAUAUCACAAUCGUCGACGAGCGUGAUGGCUAUUACCACUUGAUUGGGAACCCACUGGCCUUCGCCUCGGGUGAUGCUGCCUCUAAAAGUUGGACCAGAUUUCAAGACAUUCCUGCUUUGAAAUUGCCCAAUGUACACUUCCUACAGGGUAGUGUUGCAACUGUAGAUUGCGAGAAGAAGACGGCAUCGAUAGUGGAUACUGUCACCAAACAACUUCGUCAUGAGAAGUAUGACUAUCUACUGGUUGCUUCAGGACUUCGACGAUCUUUUCCUGUCGUGCCACAAGCAUUGAACAGAGACGAGUUCAUUGCUGAAGCAAAGGCACAUGCAAAAGCUAUCAGAGAUGCCGAAGAAGGCGUAGUGGUGAUAGGCGGAGGGGCGGUGGGUAUUGAAAUGGCUAGCGAGAUCAAGGUGGUUGAACCCUGGCAAAAAGUGACUCUCGUUCACUCUCGAGAUAAACUUCUAUCUGCAGAGCCUCUGCCAGAUGACUUCAAGGACAAAAGCCUUGAAGCGCUUCAGCAAGCUGGCGUGAAGGUCAUUCUUGGCCAGAGAGUGAUCGACACGACCGCCAUACAGACUGAUGAUAGGUCUAAAUCCUGGAGACUUACCUUGUCUGGAGGGCAACAAAUCGCAGCCGGUCAUGUCAUCACAGCUAUCUCAAGAAGUACACCUACCUCGACCUAUCUUCCAUCUGCAGCGUUGGACAAGGACGGCUAUGUCAAGAUCGAUACAUCGUUACGGUUCAACGGCAACAUACCAAACGCAGAUAGUCACUUUGCAGCAGGAGACAUUGUAUCGUGGUCUGGUAUCAAGCGUUGUGGAGGUGCCAUGCAUAUGGGCCACUACUGUGCCAUCAACAUACAUCAAGAUAUGCGUAAGCAUCACUACGAACAAACACCAACCUACAAGGAGCUGUCUGAGUUCCCAAACAUCAUGGGCUUAGCUGUGGGAAAGAAGGCUGUGAUCUAUGAUUCUACAACUGGAACUGCUUCUGGAGAAGAUUUGAUGGCCAGCUACUUUGGUGAUGACUUGGCAAAUUCAAUCUGUUGGAACUAUAUGAAGCUUGGACAGGCUGUUGCUGUGUAG